UUUAAUUGUACAACGAAAUGAUGUGCAACAUAGAAGAAAAAGACUACUAUCAUGGAUUGUUGAGAAGAGAAGACCUCGAUGAGCUGUUCAAAAAAGGAGGCGAUUAUUUGGUGCGUAUGGGAGAAACAAAGGAAGGAGAAGCAAAAGACUUUAUCGUCUCGAUCUCCCUUUGCUCAAAAAAUAAGAAACAACUCAAACAUUUCGUUAUCUCUCGUACGCCGCACGGUUUUUCGGUGGACAAUGUGAACUUCUUUCCCGAUAUUGUUCAGCUCAUUGAGUAUUAUUCGGUUAGAAAAGUUGGAUUAAAUGGAAUUCUUUUCCAGACAGAAGACACCGUUUUGAAACGUCCUAUUUGCCGCGCCAGCUGGGAACUCACUCAUGGUCAGGUGGAACUGGGCGAAAAGCUAGGAGAAGGACAUUUUGGAUCUUUGAUGAAAGGUAAAUUAACUUUGAACAACACUCAACGACAUAUUGAUGUGGCAGUGAAGACGGCGAAGAAGGAAUGCUCUGAGAAUGAGAUAGCAGAGGUUCUCAAAGAAGCUAGAAUAAUGCGCAAUAUGAUAUACCCACACAUCGUUCGCCUCUAUGGAGUAGCGGUAGACAAGGAACCAAUACUUAUAGUUAUGGAAUUGAUGGCAAAUGGUGAUCUCAAGUCGUUCAUGCGUAAGAAACCAUCGAAUAAGAAACAGAAAUUGUGCUGGACGGCGCAAGCGGCUUACGGUCUAGACUAUCUUCACUCGAGACACUUUAUACACAGAGAUAUCGCAGCUCGCAAUUGCCUGCUUUCUAAAAAUCUUACGCUGAAGAUUGCUGACUUUGGGCUGGCAAGAGAAGGCGAUGUGUAUACGGUGGCGACGCGUCGAAAACUGCCUGUAAAAUGGAUCUCACCGGAAGUUCUAGAGAACAAUGUUUUCUCAUUGAAAAGCGAUGUGUGGAGCUUUGGAAUACUCGUAUGGGAAAUCAUGACUAAUGGUGCCACUCCUUAUGAGGGUCUUCCAAAUGCUAAGGUGAAGGAGAUGAUGCUUCAAGGCAAGCACAACAAAUUUCCACCGGACACAAAUUCACAAGUAGUUGAGUUGGUACAAAGCUGCUGGUUGAGGGAUCCAGCAUACAGGUGCACGAUGAGGGAGGCAGCAAAAUUUAUGGCAAAUUUGACAGGAAUCCCUCAACCUCCGAUGAGUACCUAUGCAUCGAAGGAGCUGAUAUCACGAACGUCCUCAUCAAGAUCUAAGUCAUCUUCAUGUCGAUCAAGACUAAUGAGUAAACGUAACACACAGUGUCGCGCUAAUUCUGUUCUAAGUCGUAGAAAAUCGAAAUAA